GCAAACCCUUUUGCUUUUGAUAAUCAGAGUCCCCAUCCGAUGUGGGACUACGAAACUGUGCUCCAACAGCUUGAGCAGACCGGACAGUGCUGCCCUUUUACUCAUGGAGACCAACUAGAGAGUUGAGAUGGAUAUAGUUGCUCAAACCUACAGAUUUCUUCGAUUUUAGAUGCUUCAAAAAGAAACUUGCAACAUGGCAAGGAAUGAAUUGAUAAAGACUCUGAUAAACCUAAUCAACAACAAGUGAAAUUAAUGGAACUAGGAUAUAAAACACAAAUGGGCCAAAGACGAAGCAAAACAUUGACGGAGCAAAAUGAUGAAACUGAUGACCUCCCAAAAGAGGAAGAAGGAAUUAGGAAAAGAAGGAGACGUUCUCAAAGACUCAAUAUCAAAGCAAGACUUAUCAGGCUUCGUGACCGUAUCCUCAACAAUCGAAUAUCUUCUUUCAGCCGUUCACUGAAAAGAAUGAGAUCCGUCACCGAAACUAAUCUCGACAGACGAUCAAAAUACAUUGGGGUAUCCAAAAGUAGUGUUCAUUGGCAAGCCCUUAUAAACGUAAAGAAAGUAAAGAAGUACAUUGGUACUUUUUCUGACGAAAUCCAAGCUGCUAGAGUAUACGAUUUGUAUGCUGUAGCACUACAGGGACAGAAAGCAUCCCUAAAUUUUAAUUACACUCCACAAGAGAUGCUUGAGACAGUAGAGAAUUACAUCCAGCAUCAAAGAGUCUAAGUUAAUGAUUAAUUAUCACAUUUCUAGUAA